AUCAUCUUAGGCCUAUGGUGCUCAUCAUCAUAAGACCUUUCGAUUCAUCCUCCCCUUUUGCUGCUUGAUUUUUCCAACUCAUCUAAUACCACAUCUUCACAUCAAGAUUUGCGGGAUUACCACUUCAACGAUCCCUCUUUACAAACUAAAGAAAACACAACCCUCCCCCCUCCCCCCUCCCCCCCAAAUCAUUAUCAUAAUGGCGGCAUCGUCAUCAAAUCACGUCCUCUUCUUCGGAGACCACAUGUCCGACCCCGUGUCACUGAUACGGAACCUCGUCCACAUAUCAAAACAGUCUCCAGCCGUCAGACGCCUUCUUGACGAAGCCACCGAUGUGCUCCAGCUAGAAUUGUCCCGGCUGUCUCGACUGGACCACGGUUGGGACAAGACAUUCGAUUCUCUGCUCGAGAUGGCCGAGGCCAACGCCACCAGCACUGCUGGUGAAUCCGACGGCGGGGAGAAGAACGGUAUCCUCACCUGCGCGCUUUUCUGCAUCAGCCGGCUCGGCGAGCUGGUUGCUCAUGCCGAGCGUGAGCCAUCCAUUCUCGGGAAUUUUGAUGCCUCGUCAUCGUCGUCGUCGUCGUCAUCACAACCACCCGUCGAGGUCGUGGGUCUCUGCAUGGGACUGCUCCCCGCCACUGUCGCGCUCGCCGCCAGAGACUCGUCUCAGAUCUUCACCCUGGCCAGGGAGAUGAUCAAAGUGUCAGUCCGCAUGGGUUUCAGCGUUUGGUACCGCAUGCGGCUGAUCGAUGCCUCCCCCGGCAGCUGGUCGCAGACCUUUGUUCACGUGAGCGCGGAAGACGCCACGAGCAUCCUCGAGAGGUUCCACGAGCAAUGCCGGAUUCCCAUAGUGCGCCGGAUCGCGGUCGGCGUCACAUCCAAGAACUUCAUCACCCUGUUUGGCGCCCCUUCCACGCUUGCCAGACUGCUGGCCUGGCCCGGGGCCGGGCCACUGGCAGACGCGACACGGAUUCCGACCGAAGCGGGCGGUUGUGUUCACACUCUAUACAUGCCCGAUCUUGACAUCAGCGGCAUCUUGAGCGGGUUGUCCAGAGACAUCUUGGAGUGGCCGCUGGCGCCCAUUGAAAGGUCGCGUAUGUCCAGCCCCGACCGCCUCGCGUACUACGAGCAUGAGACUCUCGGCGGACUCCUGGCGGAUGUCAUGCAGGACAUCGCACACAAGCCGUUGCGUCUGGAUGAAACCCUCGAGAGGUGCGUCUCACAGCUGAGUGCCAGUGGGAGGGAACACGUCAAGUUGUUCGUCAUGGGCCAGAACGGACAUGUUGCUGCCAUGACUAGCGCACUCAAGAACGCCGGUAUCACCUCGAAUGUUGUCACAAACACCACCACCACCACCACCCCUUCUGCACCCAGCAGUAGCAUGGGAUCGUCAUUGCCGACCCCCCCUGACCACGAGCGGCCCGCCGGGGAGCUUCUGUCAAAUAGAGGGCAGUCGGGCCUCAUCGCCAUCGUCGGCAUGUCAGGCCGCUUCCCAGACAACGACACGGUCGAGGGCUUCUGGGAGGACCUCAUUGACGGGACGACGCACAUUCGCGAGGUGCCCCCAGACCGGUUCAAUGUGCAGAGCUGGUUUGACCCAAGUCUCGAGACAAAGAACAGCACAACGGCGACCAAGGGUGCCUGGCUUGCCAACCCGGGCCUCUUCGACCACAGACUGUUCAACAUCUCGCCCCGCGAAGCCGCUCAGAUGGACCCCAUUCAUCGAAACUUCCUCACGUGUAGCUACGAGGCCCUGCAGCAUGCUGGAUAUAACCCGGGGGCCAGUCUGAGCAUGGACGGGUCCAACGUCAGUACUUUCUUCGGCCAGCUGGGCGAGGACUGGCACGACAUAAUCCACGAGCGUGGAGCCGACAUCUACUACGUGCCCGGGAUUGCCCGGACCUUCGCCCCGAGCAGAGUCAACUACCACUACAAGUUCGGCGGUGGCUCGUACGCCGUCGACUCGGCCUGCGCGUCCAGCAUCACCACCAUCCACCUCGCGUGCCAGGCGCUUACAUCACGGAGCUGCGACAUGGCUCUUGCGGGUGGCGGCAGCAUGAUGUACACCCCGGUGCCUUUCUCGGGUCUCAGCCGAUCAGGCAUGAUUUCCUCAACCGACGGCUGUCGGACAUUCCACGACGACGCUGAUGGCUAUGCCAGGGGCGAAGGAAUCGGCGUCGUUGUCCUCAAGAGGCUCGAGGACGCGCUGGCAGAUAACGACAACAUCUUGGGUGUAAUCCGCGGAUCCGCGCGCACAUUCAGCACGACAACGACGUCCAUCACUCACCCGAGCCAUGAAUCACAGGAGCGCGUGUACAAGCGCGUGCUGGCCCAGUCGGGCCUCGACGCGUCCGAGAUCGCCUACGUCGAGAUGCACGGGACGGGCACCCAGGCCGGCGACUACGAGGAAAUGACGUCCGUCAUCAACGUCCUGGCCCCUCCCGGGUCGAGGUCAAGCCAUAACCCGUUGACUCUCGGCACCGUCAAGGCCGCUGUGGGCCACGGAGAAGCGGCCGCCGGCGUCACGGCUCUCAUCAAGCUUCUGCUCAUGUUCCGCCACAAGAUCAUACCCGGCCAGCCAGGAUGGCCGUUCAAGAUCAACCAUCGGUUCCCCCCGCUCGGUCCGCUCAACAUCCGCAUCGCAACCGCUCCCGUCACGCUGAAGCCCAGUCCGAAGGGCGACAAGAGGGUCAAGGUCAUGCUGAACAGCUUCGACGCCAGUGGUGGAGAGUCGUGUCUGGCGAUCGAGGAAGCGCCGCCGCACAACAUCCAGGAGGAUGACGACGACCAAGCUGAUGAUGCUGCUGCUGCAAGAGACCCUCGCACCGCCCACGUCGUGACACUGUCGGCACGAACGACGGCAUCUCUGGCCGGUAACAGGCGCCGACUGCUAUCCUGGCUCGAGCUCCAUCCCAACGUCGGGCUGGCCAGCGUGGCCUACACCACCACGGCGAGAAGAAUGCACGAGCCGCUGAGGGAGGCGUACGCCGUCAAGUCGGUUGCCGAGUUGCUGCAACAGCUUCAAGACGCCGACGACGCCCGGGGCGGAGAUACAACCCCCAAGGCAAAGCCAAAGCCUGCAGGGCGCGUCUUCCUCUUCACUGGCCAGGGUUCCCAGUAUUCCCAAAUGGGCUCCGUCCUGUUCAACACCCACGAGACCUUCAGGACGAAGCUCCUGGGCUACCAGGAGAUGGCCACGCGCAUGGGCAUGCCGCGCUUUGUCCAGGUCAUCACCGAGCCGGACUACGUUGAGAAGGGGGCGACGACCACCCAGAUCCAGCUGGCCAUUGUCGCUCUGGAGAUUGCCAUGGCCGAGACUCUGGCCCAGUACGGCGUCGUCCCCACGGCGGUCAUGGGUCACAGCCUCGGCGAAUACGCCGCGCUCUGCGUUGCUGGAGUCUUGUCCGUCUCCGACGUCCUGUACCUCGUCGGCGAGCGUGCCAUGCGCAUGGAGGAGCACCUCACUCCCCAGACCCACGCCAUGCUCGCCACGACGUUUGCCGCAGACGAGCUGGAGGCCCAAUACACGUCGCUGGGCCUGGCAAGCUGCAACAUUGCAUGCAAGAACGCAGCCGCGUCAACCGUCGCCAGCGGAACCGUCGAGGACAUUGCUAGGUUGCAGGAGCACUUGGCCGCGCGCGGCUCCCGGACCAAGCUGUUGAAUGUUCCUUAUGGCUUCCACUCUCAACAGGUUGAGCCCAUCCUGGACCACUUCACCUCCAUCGCGUCCGGCGUGGUGUUCCGAGCUCCCGACGUGCCCGUCGUCUCUUCUUACCUCGGAAAGGUUGUCUCCGCCGGUGAUGGCACCGUGUUUUCCCCCGAGUAUCUGGCAAGGCAGUGCCGUGGAACCGUCGACUUUGUAGGUGCCGUACGCGCCGCCGAAGCCGCCGAGGCAGCCUCCAUCAACAAGACGCUCUGGAUCGAAAUGGGCCCGGAGCCUGUUCUUCUUGGCCUCGUCCGCUGGACACUACCGACUCUCCCCCCAGCGAACCUUGUGGCGGCUUUCAAGGCGUCUCCUCUGGAAGACAACUGGGCUACCCUCUCCGAGGUUCUCAAGGCGGCCUAUCAGUCCGGUCUCGACGUCAACUGGCCCGAGUUUCACCGAAACUUCACCAAGCAUGUCCGCCUGCUGGAGCUGCCCUUCUACGCCUUCGACUUCAAGAACUUCUGGCACGAGCCCUUCCCGCAUCCUGAUCUCUCUGUUGUCCAAAAGAUGGGCGCCGCCACUGUGCAUGGUCACCAAGCAGACGCCGCAGCAGCACCACCACCCUGCAAAUGCUCUUGUGCUUGCUCUCAAGACAUGUUGAGGCCCGGUUCAACGAAUGCUUCUUCUGCUCGUCUUCCUUCCUUCCCCGGAUUCCCCUCAACAUCCGUUCCUACGGUCGAGAGUGAGGACUACGAGGACGGCGGCAACACGCUCAUGGCAACCUUCAGCGCCGACACAUCCGAGCCAAACCUGCUGCGCGCCAUCGAGGGACACGUCGUCCACGGCCACGUCAUCUGCCCCAUGAGCGUUCUGGUCGACAUGGCCCUCACAACGGCCAAGUACUGCCUCUUUCGCCUUCAAGGAAUCUCGGACACGCCGUGCUUGUCAGUCACCAACAUCUCAAUGACUCAUGCCCUCAUCCUGCAGCAGACAGAUGCGUCGUCCAGGAAGCCCCUCAUCCACGUCAAAGCAGUCAUGCGCAAGGGUGACAACAGCGUCGACAUCACUUUCGUCUGGGUCAAGUUCAAGCCUGGAAAGCCGGAUACCAGGGAGGAGGAGGAAACCGGAGGAACCUGCCGAGUCACCUUUGAGCGCGACGAGACCUGGCCCGCCAGCAUCCAUCGCUCGCUUUUCCUCGUCAAGUCGCGUGUCGAAGCUCUUCGGGCAGCCAGCCGCGACGGCCGAGCCCACCGUCUGCUCAAGCCCGUCGUGUACCGCAUGUUCUCCGAGAGUGUGGAUUACUCGGAGCCUUUCCGUGGCAUUGACGAGGUGGUCUUGGACGUUGACUGCAAAGAUGCAAUCUCCAAGGUUACCUUGACACCGGAUGCCUCAUCUGGAUCAUUCGUCAUGAACCCCUUCUGGACCGACGCCUUGACUCACCUGGGGGGGUUUAUUCUAAACUCUGGUCUGCGUUACGUACAGCAAGACAUGCUCUGCAUGGCCCGCGGCUUCGACUCGUGGAGAGUCGUUGGUGCCGGCUCUCCCAUGAGGCCAGGAAUGACAUAUACCACCUACACCUUCAUGCAGGAUGUCGAAGGCGGUAACCUUGUCGUUGGUGAUUGCUACAUUUUCGACGAGGACGACAACUUGGUUCAGACGCUGCUGGGUCUCGAGUUCCAGAAGCUCAAGAGAGUAGUCAUGGACGCCGUCUUUGGCCAAAGACCCUCGCCUCAUGCGGCCGUCCCAGCAGUUGUAGUAAACAAACACGCAACGCAUCAGCAGCAGCAGCAGCAGCAGCAGCAGAUCCUUCCGGCGAAACAGAAGUUGCCGCAACCUUCUACCUCUUCGGUCUCCUCGGUUGGAGUUGACACUCCCGCUUCCGAAACUCCGCCCUCGUCCUCCCAGCAUUCCGCGUCGACGGCACCAAGUGAAGCAGAUGACGACGCCAGGGAGCUCUUGAACACCAUCCUAUCCAUUGUGGCUCAAGAAGCGGGCUGUAAGCCCGAGGACCUUGUCGACGAAGCGGUUUUUGCCGACCUCGGCAUCGAUUCGCUCAUGGGCAUUAGCAUCCUGGCCGUCAUCACUCGCAAGACGGGAAUUGACCUGGACUCGACCUUCUUCAUCCAACACGAGACGCUGGGAGACGCCCGAAACGCCUUGGAGGAGAUUCUUGGUGUAAGCCAUCUGCCGCGGGAGGAGGACUUGUCUCCGGCCGUUACAGUGUCACCAGACAUCGCCACUACCCAAGGGCGACCAACCCUAGUGCGGAGAGACGACAACAUUCCUUCGCAACCGUCAGACAGCAGAGCUCUGUUCAAGAGGCAUCAGGAGGCUCUUCCCGUACUGGCAGACGCUGCUGCCACUGCCGACAAGGACUCGACGCCCAAGGACCCGGCAGUCAGCCCAGGACUCAUCUCGGCGGCGCUGGACCACGACGUCAAGAUAACCCAUCUCUCCGGGCCCAAGACCAAGGCCACCACCAAGCUUUUUCUUCUUGCCGACGAAACCGGUACCAGCUUGUCUUGCAUCCAACUCCCUGCAGUAACCAGCCUAAACGGCGGCAACACUCUUUCCGUCUGGGGCGCCGAGUCGCCUUUUGGUGCACAGCCAGACCUGUGGACAGGUCGGUCGAUCCGCGACGUUGCCGUCAUGAACCUGAGGUCCAUUCAGAAGCACCACCAGACGGAUGCACAGGCUGGCCCUCUGCUGCUCGGUGGCGUUGGUGCCGGAGCCGCCAUGGCCAUCGAGGUUGCCAGGUUGGCUGUAAGCGAGAAUCCCAUUAUCUCGGUUGGUCUCGUCCUGCUCGACCCCUCCCCGACGCGGCAAGAUAUCGAGACGACAUUGGCUGUGCCGGGGGUGCGGCUCAAGCCAGCGCAAAGGCAUCAUGCGGCAAAGAUGGCAGAAGCUAUCGAUGAGCUUCAAAUGGAACCAUUGCGUUCAAAGAAUGUCAGGGCCAUCGCAAUCUUCCCUGACUUGGCCACGGCGAGCAGCUCUCAACUGCUGAAGCGACUUCUUCCAGACGUGCAGAUAAAGACGGUUGGUACCUCUCUUAGUAAGGGUACUUUAAUGCGUUUCCCUGCCAUUGGAAACACCGGUGCUAUUUAUCUAGAAUGUGUUCGAGAUCUUGCAGCAUAG